UUCCCACGCGGCCUGCGCUGCCGGAAGUGGCGGCGCGGUCGGGACCGGCCGGGUAGCAUGGCGGGCGCGCGGGGCGCGGGGCGUGCAGCGGCGACGGCGGCGCGGCCCGGGAAGCCGCCGCGGGGGCCGGAGCCGGAGCCGGAGCCGGAGCCGGAGGAGCCUUCUCUCGCCUGUGCUCCUGCUCCCAGCCUCCAGGAUGGCAGUGAUUCUGGCCUGUCUGAAAGCGAGGAGAGUGUGUUCUCAGGCCUGGAAGAUUCCGGCAGCGACAGUAGUGAAGAUGACCCAGCCGAGAGAGAGGAUGGGGUCAGCAGUGAUGAGGGCCCCAGCGGAAUGGAGAAGACCACUGGGCAGCAGGUGCAGGCUGGGAGCCCUUCCCCAAGGACAGAGGUGGCGAGAGUGCAGGGCUGUGAAGAGUAUGCGGAGGACAGCUCUGACGAGGAGGACAUCCGGAACACGGUGGGCAAUGUGCCCCUGGAGUGGUACACUGACUUCCCCCACGUGGGCUAUGAUCUGGAUGGCAGGCGCAUCUACAAGCCCCUGCGGACCCGUGACGAGCUGGACCAGUUUCUGGACAAGAUGGACAACCCUGAUUACUGGCGCACGGUGCAGGACCGGAUGACAGGGCAUGAUGUGCGGCUGACCGACGAGCAGGUGGCCCUGGUGCGGCGGCUGCAGCGGGGCCAGUUUGGGGACGGGAGCUUCGAUCCGUACGAGCCGGCUGUGGACUUCUUCAGCGGGGACCUGAUGAUCCACCCAGUGACCAACCGACCUGCCGACAAGCGCAGCUUCAUCCCGUCCCUGGUGGAGAAGGAGAAGGUCUCUCGCAUGGUGCACGCCAUCAAGAUGGGCUGGAUCCAGCCUCACCGGCCCCGGGACCGCACCCCUAGCUUCUACGACCUCUGGGCGCAGGAGGACCCUGACGCUGUGCUGGGCCGGCACAAGAUGCACGUGCCCGCGCCCAAGCUGGCCCUGCCCGGCCACGCGGAGUCCUACAACCCGCCUCCCGAGUACCUGCCCAGUGAAGAGGAGCGUCUGGCGUGGCAGCAGCAGGAGCCGGGCGAGAGGAAGCUCCACUUCUUGCCGCACAAGUUCCCCAGCCUGCGGGCCGUGCCCGCGUACGGCCGCUUCAUCCAGGAGCGUUUCGAGCGCUGCCUCGACCUCUAUCUGUGCCCGCGGCAGCGCAAGAUGAGGGUGAAUGUGGACCCUGAAGACCUCAUCCCGAAACUGCCCCGGCCGCGGGACUUGCAGCCUUUCCCCACGUGCCAGGCCCUGGUCUACAGGGGCCACAGCGACCUUGUCCGCUGCCUUAGUGUCUCCCCGGAUGGCCAGUGGCUGGCUUCAGGCUCCGACGAUGGCUCGGUGCGGCUCUGGGAGGUGGCCACUGCCCGCUGCAUGAGGACCGUGCCCGUGGGGGGUGUGGUGAGGAGCGUUGCCUGGAACCCUUGCCCCACCGUGAGCCUGGUGGCCGUGGCAGUAGAGGACUCGGUGCUGCUGCUGAACCCGGCCCUGGGGGACCGGCUGGUGGUGAGCGGCACGGACCAGCUGCUGAGUGCCUUCAUCCCGCCCGAGGAGCCCGCGGUGCAGCCCGCCCGCUGGCUGGAGGCCUCGGAGGACGAGCGCCAGGCGGGCCUGAGGCUGCGCAUCUGCCACGGGAAGCCGGUGACACAGGUGACCUGGCAUGGACGUGGGGACUACCUGGCCGUGGUGCUGGCCACCGCGGGCCACACGCAGGUGCUGAUCCACCAGCUAAGCCGGCACCGCAGCCAGAGCCCCUUCCGCCGUAGCCACGGACAGGUGCAGCGCGUGGCCUUCCACCCCCUGCGGCCCUUCCUGCUGGUGGCUUCCCAGCGCAGCAUCCGCCUUUACCACCUGCUGCGCCAGGAGCUCACCAAGAAGCUAAGGCCAAACUGCAAGUGGGUGUCCAGCCUGGCGGUGCACCCCGCAGGGGACAAUGUCAUCUGCGGCAGCUACGACAGCAAGCUCGUGUGGUUCGACCUGGACCUUUCCUGUGAGCCGUACAGGGUGCUGAGACACCACAAGAAGGCCCUCAGGGCCGUGGCCUUCCACACCCGGUACCCACUGUUCGCGUCCGGCUCCGACGACGGGAGCAUCAUCGUCUGCCACGGGAUGGUGUACAAUGACCUGCUGCAGAACCCGCUGCUGGUGCCGGUGAAGGUGCUGCGGGGACACGUGCUGACCCGAGACCUGGGGGUCCUGGACGUGGCCUUCCACCCCACCCAGCCAUGGGUCUUCUCCUCGGGGGCCGACGGCACCGUCCGCCUCUUCACCUAGGCCGCCCGGUGUCCGCCGGGGGGCGGGGGGGGGUGGGGUGCGGCGCACGCGUGCUCAGGACCCUCAAUACAGGUGUUCCCCGCCGGCUGCUGGUGUGACCUUGAUUCGGGGUUCCUGACCAGCGGCCCUCCCACAGCGUGGGGCCUUCCUAAACGGGGUGCAGCGGCUCCCGGCUGCCCUGCCCCCCACGGAUAGGCUAGGUCCUUGCACUCCCAAGCCACCUGCUGAGGAGCCAAUGGCUUUAUUGGAGACGGGAGUGGGGGGUACAGCAGCUUGCCCCCCCGCCCCCCACAGUGGCCUCCAGCGGCCUCCUCCAGAAGGGCAGGCGUUCGACUCGUGGCAGGGGCGCCGGCAGCUCCCCGCUCCGUCUCCGGCAGGGGGCCCCUCAGGGCCCCAUCUUGGGGUUCAGGCCCAGGCCCCUGCUGCUUGUAGGGAUGGUGCUGCUGUGGGAGCCUCAGGCGAACUUCACCAGGCGGCCCAGCGUCUCGGCAGCCUUCAUGCGCACCAGGGGGGCUGGGUCCUUGAGCAGCAGCUGGAGCGCUGGGGGGCAGGGGGGCAGGGGGCCGCUGCCACGGACUGCCUGCGCGCCCUCUGGAGAGCGGCCUGAGCCCGGGGCCCCUGCCAACACCCCGCCACCCAGCCUCAGCUCGCGCUGCGCCCAUCCUCGCCCGGUGCACCGCGCCUGGGGGGCCAGGACCCCAUGGUGCACCCCCCCUCCCGCCCUGUGCGGGGGCCACCCGCCCACCGCCCUCCUAAGACAGGCCUCUGCCGGGAGCGCCUGGGAGCCAACGGAAAGAUAGUUUUUCCUUUUUUAGUGUUUUUUAAGCUCUUUUGGAACAGUUAAGAAGUUUCCGUGAAUUACUAGAGACGAUGAGGUCACCAGUGACAGGGGAAAAAUCCUUGAAAUCCAGGAAAAUCACUUAGUCCCCCCGGUGCCCACAGGUCAGUGAGGCCCCAUGCAGCCCGACAGGUUGGGGGGUGGGGGCGGGGACGUGCCCGGGGCUCACCUGUCGUGAGCUGCUCCAGGUCCACCUGUGGCCGGUGCUCGGCCUCCACGUGCAGCACCAGGAACCCUGUGGGCAGGGGCGGGGUCAGGGGCGGGGCGGGGGCGGGGUCCAGCGCAGGUAGAAGGGGCCCGAGGGGCGCCGCUCACCUGUGAGCAUGGGGGCGGCAGCGCGGACAUCCUCCCAGCUGCUCUUGAAGUAGAACAGGCUGGUGCUCACCAGGCGGCCCAGCAGGUCUGGGAAGUGGUGCAUCUGCAGAGAGGCCGUGAGCCCGGGCAGGCCCGCCCCGCCCCGCCCCGCCCCGCCCCGCCCCCCAGGCUGCGGGCCUCACCAGGAGCUUGCAGGUGCAGUUGAGGAACUCUCCGAAGUGCAGGCCCCGCCCGUCCUGGAGGUGCUGCUGCAGGGCGGCCGCCAGCUGCUCACACUUGAGGUUGGGGCCGCUCAUGCGCAGGGCGAACCUGCAGGCCUGUGGGACAUCCGGUGAGCCCCCCUGCGUGAGCCGGGCCUGGCCCACCCGUGCCCUUUGGAGACUCACGCUGGUCACGGGGGCCUGGGGGUCCCGCAGGUGCAGCAGCAGGGGCACCAGCCCGCCAACCACCUGCUCCAGGAACGUGUCCGCACAGCCCCCGUGGCAGGCCUUGUUCAGGUGCCCGAAGAGGCGGAUGGAGGCGGAACGGAGCUCCAUCUUCUCCUGGCGGGUGGGGGUGGAGGGGCCGGGGUCAGCCAGUGCGGCCUCGGGCCCCUUCCCUGCGCCACCCUCCUCGUCCCUGUGUCUUGGGCACCUGGGGCGGGAAGGAACGAGCCCUCACGAGACGGGGGCCGUGCCAGGGGGCGCUGGGGCAGCUCGAGGCCAGGACCCCGGCCCUGCACGCCAGAGGGUCUGCGGGGGCGGGGCCCAGGGAGCAGGGUGGAGCAGGGUAGAGCCGGGGCUCGAGGCUCGGGGCGGGGGGUGCGGCCAGGCCUCUCGGUGCCCCCAUGCCCGGGCCAGCCUACGCUGUCGAAGAAGGGCCGGAUACGGAUGGCGACAUGCAGCAGCAAGGGGCGCAGGUCCUGGGGCUCCGCCAGGUCCAACAGCCUUGCAAGGCCCACCAUGGCCUCCAGGGCCACCAGGCUGUGAGGGUCGUCCCUGUCGUCCAGCCCGCCGAUCACAGCUGUCAGGAGCUGGGGGCCGUGGGCCCGCACCUGGUGGGGGAGGGGGGCGCCCUCAGCUGUGUCCCCAGGGCGCGGAGCCCUGCCCCCAUGGUGCCACCCACUGGGCCACGCCCGUGCCCACCGCCCACCUUGUCCGGGGAGCCGGAAGCAAUGUUGGCCAGGCCUCGGAGCACCAGCCGCCGCACGCUGGCACACGGGUCCUUCUGCCGGGCCGCCAAGUUGUGCAGCAGGGGCUCCAGCAGCAGGAGGUCGUCCGCGACGCUGCUGCUGAGCAGCUGGAGGCAGAGGAGCUGUGACCGCCCCCCGCCUCUGACCCCAGGGGCCUGUCCCCACCCUGGCCCAGUCGGAUGGGCAGAGGCCCUGUUCGCUCCGCCUCCUGACCCCGGGCACGUUUUGGGCAGGUUUUUGGCACGGUCAGCCACAGGGGGGCUGCCAAGGGAGGCUUGGGGCCCAGGCGGAGGGCCUGUCCCCGCGGGGGGCCUGGCACGGCCGGCACAGCCGAGGCCUCCCCCCACUGGGCGUCCCCCGCCCCCCAGGCCCCGCGGCAGGCCGCUACCUCGGCCAGGAAUCCCGUGGAGGUGACCCGCUGGAUCUCAUACGCGCUGCUCUGUGUGCACACGAGCUCCUUCAUCACCAGGGGCAGCCGGGGGCCGGCAAACUUGGCCAUGGCGCUAGGGAAGGGGGCCAGCCGCACAGUGUGAGUGCCGGGGCCUCGGCCUGCCCCGCAGCUCCCCACAAGCCAACUCCCACGCGGACGUGAGGGCUGCCCCUGCCUCCCAUCCGGCCGCCAAGCCCUCCUCGGUCACCUCACCAGGCCUCCAUAAAGGCCCCCGCCCCCCGCCCCCUGCCCCCAAAUCGGCAACACAGCCGGACCCCACGGCCGCCUCCGGUAGCCUCCCACGUGCCCCAAACGUGGCCCGAACUGAACCUGGCCAGCCGGGCGACCCCCUCCUCGUGCCCCGCCGAGGUCCCGAGCAGCCGCCAGCCUCCCUCCAGCUCCAUGCGCUGCACCACCUCCUCGUUGCCGCCCCGAAGGAGCACGGCCUGCAGAGCGUCCACGGCAGAGCUGCGGGGACACGCGGGCAUGGAUCCGGGGGCUGCCUGGCCUGUGCCCUGCCAGCAGCACCCUCCGGGGGGCCCUCGGGCUCUCUCCCCUCAAGCUGGGCACCACGAGGUGGCUUUGGGCCCUCUGGCCACCCCUCUCCCCACGACGGGCCGGUGGGGGCUCGCUGCAGGCAGUGUCCCCAAGGCCCCACAGCACUGUUAGGGUAACGACCUACAGGUAUUUCACUCGCCUCGAAGACCUCCAUGUAAUUAAAAUAAGAAAUGAAAAAAAAGGAA